AUGACUGAUCCCGUUCUCUUGGGUUUCGAAGCCAUACCGACGGAAGAUGUUGGCGCAACUGUCACGAUUCAUCCCUUCAGCUUGGACACCACGAGCUUGUCGCAGGUUGUCGAAAGUCUAGAGUCCGUACUCAGCACGCUGCCCGCUUCUUUAUAUUCAGAGGGCACAUCUGACGUCCUGGGAUUGACGACAGCGGUCACUUUCACCAUCGCUGCUACAUUAUCUUCACCUGAGCCUGAGGUGUCGACGAGUUUCGUCACGAUUACCACGGAGUCAACCGUCACAGAGACGCAAAACACAGCAUCGGUCCUCUCCGCCGCCCUGCAGACCUUCACCACCACCACCAUCGCUGUAGCAACCCAACCCACCUCUCCUCCCUCCUCUGCGGUCCUAGCACCACCACCCCCAUCAGCCGCGGCCUCCUCCUCCUCCUCCUCCUCCACCUCCACCACCACCAUCACAAUCACCUCAACCACCACAGCAGCAGCAACAGCAGCAGCCACCUCCUCCACCCCCAACGCCCUCUCCGUCCUCUCCGCCGCCCUCGCCACCUUCCCACCUUCCCCUCACCCCACCACCACUACAUAUACCUCCUUCGCGCCCCCUCCUCUCCCCGAACGUCCAUUACCAUCAUCAUCACCAACCGACGACGAAGACGACAUCUACCCCGCCCUCUCCCUCCUCACAACCGUCACCCAAACCAUCACCUUCUCCGACACCUCCACCGGCACCCUCACCUUCACCUCCGCUUCAACUGGUGUUAGCACUUGGACCUCCGCCUUCCCCGUCCGCACCACGACCGUGACGUACGCGUCGCCGCGGCCCGAGAGCGGCUCGGCCGGCGUCGGAGGGGCCGUGACGAGCAAUGUUAGCGCUUGGGGGAGUGUGGUGGAGAGUUUGGAUCGGUCGCUGAGCGCUGCGACCGCGACCGCGACUGCGACCGCGACGGGGGCGAGUGCUGGGGCGUCGGCGAGUGGGGGAGGGGGUGCUGGUGCUGGUGGUGGAGAUGGUGCGGCGGCGAGUUCUACGGCGGCGGCUGCGACGGGGGCGGGAGUGAGUGUGGGGAGGGAGGGAGGUUGUGGAGGGCUUGUGGUGGCGGUUGCGGGGUUGGUGGUUGGAGUGGUGGAGGUUGUGGGUCUUUGA